UUAGCCUACGUUAGAUUCAUCCCGAUUAUAAUAUUCUUGAUUCGAAAUGUGUAACCAGAGGAAAGUCGGUGGGAGUUGUUGUGGCGGCAUUAAUCUUCUAAUAACUCUGCUUUUAACGUGUCUGACAACAUCAUCAUCAGCUGCCUUCUUCGAGAUAACCUCUCUAAGGUUAGGAGAUGCGUCAGGAGUUUGGAGAGGGGUGCCAGAGGUAUAUGUAAACACCGGGACAAGCCUCCAUGACCGCAAAAACGCUCAAAUAUGUAUGGAUGACACUUACUGGAAUACUGAAAUUGCUGAUGCCAUCUGCCAGUAUCAUGGAUUCGAAAGCUAUAUGGUAAUUAAGGAAACAACACCUCCAGCGCAAGGGUUCUUCUUAGAUGGAUAUGCAGUCUGUAAUAAAAUUGACAACUCUAAUCGACCGUUGGAAUGCGAAUUGAGAGAGACAUGUGACAACGUUCCUACCAUAUCUUGCAAAGUUCCUGGGUACGACGGAUGCUACAAUGAAACAGAUACUGAUCCAUUCUUUUCUAAUGGCGUGAAAGCAGAUUUAGGAGAUCAGUCUCUUGAUAUCCAGACCUGUGCUUCAGCCUGUAGUGAUAGUUCAUAUCUAGGACUUACGAAGGGCCAGGACUGUAUCUGUGGAUCAACACUAGGGGAUCGUAGUCUUGAAGGAGAUUGUGAUCUGGGAUGUCAAGGAGAUGAUCUACAGAUUUGCGGGGGAUCAAAUAGUAUAUCAGUGUACAAUGUGGAUACGCUUGGUCGCUGUAACUCUGAUCCAGUUGAUCUGAUUCCCGAUGAACUACUUUUUAUUACCUCUCCGGGAUUUCCUGGUGCGGCUACCACGAUGUCAUGUACGUGGGAAGUAUCGAUUAAUGUUCAAACUUUACACGACCUCGAGGUAGUGGCCGUAGCCUCACUAGCCUCGGGCAACCAACUUCACAUAACAUCUCAAGUUAUCCGAGUGUCCCUUAACGGAGGCAAUGCAAGGAGUCGUGUUUCAAGAAAGCCUUAUGAUCAUCUCCAAGACACGAUCACGGUCACAUACAGUGCCUUGACUCUCUCUGGUUCAACUAACUUCAACAUCAAAUUCAGCCUAACAGCGAGCACUUCUCUACCAACUAACAUGACUAAUAUCCCAACUAAUAUCCCAGUGGUGGACUCCACGACUUCUAGUGCUGGUCGUACUUUUAGCAGCUUUAUAGGAAAUUGA